AUGCUUCCAUGGGAAGAGGCAACCGCAGCUGAGCUAAGUGCCGCAACGGCGUACCACCAGCUGAUUCAGCAGCAGCAAGAGUCAUUACUGCAUCAACUCCACCAGACACACUCUGCCGCCUCAAUAGGAUGCAAGAGGAGUCUACAUGAGGAAACUGCUGCAGACAAGGACUCUGACGAGGAUGAGGCUAGUGGUGACAGCAUCCAGGCGGGCGGGGACAAGAUGAUGGCAGCACUCGGUCGGUGGGCAAUAGCCGACCACGCCACAGCCAAGGAUGCCUCGGGGGAGGAACCCGGAAGAACUAUGGAGCAUUGCGGGGAGGCCGUGCGGGGCUUGUUGCUGCAACGCGCCUUAACAACCUUGCAGCCUCUGCGCACCGCGCACCACACGCAGGAGCAAACAGAAGCAUAUGUUCAUCACAGUGCUCAUGAAAUGGGUCGAAGACGCCAACGCGUAGAGUUCAUGUUGCAGUGUCUGCCCGACAUGUGGGCAAUUAUCACCACCAAUGCGGCAGAGAAGCUCCAUUAG